UCUCUCAUUUGCGUGUCGAACGCGAGAGCAAUCGGUCACGAAAGUGACCUACGAAAAUCCAAGAUGGCGCUGCUUCUUACAACUUUGUACCGGAUGUACGACUAUACCAUGACUGAGCUUCCAGAUCCAAGAGUGCAACAUUUGUUAUUUUUAAACAACGUAUGUUGGCCACUAGGCAUAAUUGGAGGUUAUGUGUACUUUGCGUUGUACUGGGGACCAAAAUGGAUGAAAAAUAAGAAAGCAUUUCCGAUUGAACGACUCAUGGAUUUGUAUAAUGCUAUACAAGUUGUCUACUGUGUUUAUAUCGUCGUUUUUGGAGGCAGACUUGUAUAUAAUUAUGACUGGCGAUGUGCGCCUGUGGAUUAUUCCAUGAACCCCGAAGCAGUUGAAGUUGCCUAUCUCACGUGGAGCUAUUUCAUUAUAAAAAUCGUUGAUUUAAUUGAUACUGUGUUUUUCAUUAUGAGAAAAAAAGAACAACAUGUUUCUUUUCUACACGUGUAUCAUCACGGUGGCAUGGUUGCCAUUUCAUGGACAGCCGCAAAGUUUCUACCCGGCGGCCAUGUUGUCUACGUCGGAAUCAUCAAUUGCUUCGUGCACGCUGUUAUGUACAGCUAUUAUUUAGUUUCCACCCAUUACAAAUCAAAUCUCUGGUUUAAAAAGCACAUCACACAAUUACAACUAGCACAAUUUGCAACAUUCACUUUACUUUAUGGUCAGUUAUUCUUUAGAAAGAACUGCGAUUUUCCAUGGUUUACACAAUGCGUGUUUAUCCCGCAGAAUAUUUUCAUGACUGUAUUAUUUGCUGAUUUUUACUACAAAACUUAUAUCAAGAAGAAAAAGAUUAUUCCGAAUGGCAACACUAAUGGUUUACCACACAGUGAAAUGUCUGCUAAAGAGAUAAAAUCAUCUUAGCAUGAGUUUAUAAUUAAGUUAUUAAAUUUAUUGUAAAAUAUUGUAUGAAAUGAAAAAUAUUAAUUUUUUUACUUAGUACAGUCCCAAAUAAUCACA